GUGAGGACCCCAGGCGGGCGGCGGGGCGGGGCGGGGCGGGGCUCCCAGGAGGGGGAGUCGGGGGGGCGGGGACCCUGCUCCCCGUGUGCUGGGGCGGGUUGUUUUCCAUGUGUGGCGCGCGUGCCUCAGUUUCCCCGACGUGCUGCACGAAGAACGAGGGGGAGGGGCAGGCAUCUGUGCGGCAGGCUCCAGAGAUCCAGGGAAACUGAGGCACGUGCUCUCGCCACACUAAAUAGUCUGAAAAACCCGCUUCGUCCCGCCGGGGCCCUCGGGAGCUCUGGCCCCGCGAGCGUGGGCGCCACGAGGGCGUUCGGGCCAAAGGCCGCCCCCAGCUGGCACCGGGGGCGCCUUGCCCGUCUGUCACCACCGGCACCAGGCGGGUCAGAGGAGCAAAUCCCCGGCCCUUCGUCAAGGCUCGUUUGCCAGGGGAUGUAGGCGCCAAUUUCGGGUCUGGCUUGUGGGCGUCGUGAGUAUGUCAAGCCUGGCACCAGGGCGUGCGUGCGGGGCAGGGGUCCCAGGAGCACGGCUCGGCCUGAUCCAGGGAUAUCCGACGGCUAGAGCACUGCAGGGGCGGCUGGGGGGCUCUGCCAGUGGGUGCUGACCACCCCAGGUGGGAGAGAACCCAGGUGUCCUGAGGACCCGGCUUCACGCCCUCUUUUCCCUUGUCUCCUGCCUUCCUUCUCCAGACCCCACCCUGUCUCCCCCUUGCCUGCCCACCCCAUGGCGCCCCACCAGCCCUGGCUGCUGCUCCUCCUGCUGGCUUCCUGGCUGCUCCCAGGAUCCUCCGAGACCCACUACCAGCCCGGGGACCCUGUUGUGCUCUACGUCAACAAGGUGGGGCCAUACCACAACCCCCAGGAGACCUACCACUACUACCAGCUGCCCGUGUGCUCUCCGGAAAAGAUCCAGCACAAGAGCCUGAGCCUCGGGGAGGUCCUGGAUGGGGACCGCAUGGCCGAGUCCAUGUACCAGAUCCGCUUCCGUGAGAGCAUGGAGAAGACGGUCCUGUGCGUGAAGAUGCUCACGCUGGAUCAGGUGGAGCACCUCCGGCAGGCCAUUGAGGAGCUGUACUACUUUGAGUUUGUGGUGGACGACAUCCCCCUGCGAGGAUUUGUGGGUUACAUGGAGGAGAGCGGCUUUCUGCCCCACAGCCACAAGAUCGGGCUGUGGACCCACCUGGACUUCCACCUGGAGUGGAACGGCGACCGCAUCAUCUACGCUAACGUCAGCGUGCGGGACGUCAAGCCACACAGCCUGGAUGAUGUCCACGGGCCCGGGCCCCUCUCCCUGACCUACACCUACAGUGUCCGCUGGUCUGAGACGGCUACGGAGCGGCGGGGGGAGCGACGGGGCCGGGGAGAUGACGGGGGCUUCUUCCCCCACACCCUGGAGAUCCACUGGCUCUCCAUCAUCAACUCCAUGGUGCUGGUCUUUCUUCUGGUGGGCUUCGUGGUGGUCAUCCUCAUGCGGGUGCUAAAGAACGAUCUGGCCCGGUACAACCUGGAUGAAGAAGCUUCCUCCUCCUCCGGGGACGACUUCGACCAAGGGGACAACGGCUGGAAGAUCAUCCACACCGACGUCUUCCGCUUCCCUCCCUGCCGCAGCCUCCUCUGCGCCGUCCUGGGAGUAGGCAGCCAGUUCCUGGCGCUGGGCACCGGCAUCAUUGCCAUGGCCCUGCUGGGCAUGUUCAAUGUCCACCGGCACGGCGCCAUCAACUCCGCUGCCAUCUUGCUCUACGCCCUGACCUGCUGUAUCUCCGGCUAUGUCUCCAGCAACUUCUACCGGCAAGUCGGGGGCGAGCGCUGGGUCUGGAACAUUGUGCUGACCACCAGCCUCUUCUCUGCCCCCUUCUUCGUGACAUGGAGCGUGGUGAACUCGGUGCACUGGGCUAAUGGCUCGACACAGGCCCUGCCAGCCACCACCAUCCUGCUGCUGCUGACCGUCUGGCUGCUGGUGGGCUUCCCCCUCACCGUUAUCGGGGGCAUCUUCGGCAAGAACCGGGCUGGCCCCUUCGACGCACCCUGCCGCACCAAGAACAUUGCCCGCGAGAUCCCACCACAGCCCUGGUACAAGGCCACGCUGGUGCACAUGACCAUCGGGGGCUUCCUGCCCUUCAGUGCCAUCUCUGUGGAGCUCUACUACAUCUUCGCCACGGUGUGGGGCCGGGAGCAGUACACCCUAUACGGCAUCCUCUUCUUCGUCUUCGCCAUCUUGCUGAGCGUGGGCGCCUGCAUCUCCAUCGCCCUCACCUAUUUCCAGCUCUCAGGCGAGGACUACCGCUGGUGGUGGCGCUCGGUGCUCAGCGCCGGCUCUACCGGUGUCUUCAUCUUCCUCUAUUCUGUCUUCUACUACUCACGCCGCUCCAACAUGUCGGGCGCGGUGCAGACCGUGGAGUUCUUCGGCUACUCCCUCCUCACCGGCUACGUCUUCUUCCUCAUGUUGGGUACCGUCUCCUUCUUCGCCUCGCUCAAGUUUAUCCGCUACAUCUACGUCAACCUCAAGAUGGAUUGAGGGACCCUCUCCAGUUGGCUGUGGUGGCUGGCCAACUGGUGGGCAUGGUCAAAUUGACUUCCCUUAAAGAGCUCUCUCUGGGGCUUCUAUGGAGUUCCUUUCCCAUUGGCCAUGACACUUAGCCAGCUGGUGGAUAGAGAUGGCGCUCUUAAAGAUCUCUUCUCCCAUUGGCUGUAAUGUCCGGCCAGUCAGCGGCUAUGGAUCCUCCAAAGAGCUCCCCUUCCAUUGGAUGGGACUGCUACAGAGCUCCCCUCCCAUUGACCAAAAUGUUCAGCCAAUUGGCCGGCAUGACAAAAGAUGGCAACCCUAAAAAGCGCCCCUCCAUUGGCUGGGACCAUUAAGGAUCUUACCCUCCUAUUGGCUGAGAUGUCUGGCCAGUCACAGGGCAUCAUUAAAGAGUGUCUCACAUCCAUCAUUGCCCUUAAUUGGGUAGGAUGACCAGCCGACUGACCAGUUCACUCCCAUUGGCUGGGACUGUUGGCCAGUUCUCUUGUGCUGGGGGUCCAGCUACUCCACUCCUAUUGGUCAGGAUGACUGGCCAAUCAGGUGAUGGGAAUGGACUGACUUGGGGGGAGGGGGCAGGUGUCCAGUUCCCUGGAUCCCCAUGACAUUCUCUGGGGGGGGGGUAAGGCUUGAAAGUGGAUCCCUCCCAAAGGGGGAGGCACAGGUAGAUCCUGUUUGGGGCUGGGAGUGGAUCCCCAUGUGAGAUCCCUGCAUGUGGACAGGGCAGAUUGUGGAUCCCUGGUGGAUCCCCAUGGGGUUAAGAGUGGAUCCAUUGUGGAAGUGGAUCCCCUGCAGCCCACUGAGUCCCCUCUUGGGGAUGAGCCCCCCAUACCUGAUAGGGUCCCCCACAGGUAGCUGGAUCCCCUGGUAGGUUGCUAGCAGAGGGAGGCCAGAUUCCUUGUGAGUCUGGGAGCAGAUCCUAUGAUAAGAUCCCUGGUGGGGGGGAGUAGAUCCCCCACGGGCAAUUGGCUGGAUCGCUGGGGGCUUCCCCAGAUCAACUUGCUCCCAUGUGGAGCUGGCAGUAGAUCCUCCACGGCAAGCAGGAUUGCCUGGUAAGAAGAUCCCCUUGUGGUGGCACGGAUCACCGCGGGGGGCAGGAUCUAGUGGAGAGCAGAUCCCAUGUAGGGCUGGCAAAGUAUCCCAGAGACCUCAGUCAGGAGGGGAAUAUACCCCACAACCCCCCACCUCCAUUGCUGGCUGCGUGCAGACACCUGUAGUGCUAUUGAUAUAUAUGGGGGGGGCAGUUGAUUAUUUUAUUUGUAUUUGAUUUCGUUGGUUCUGAUUAUUUCUUUUUACGGAUCUCGGAAUAAAGUUUAUUAAUAAAAA